AUGAACCUCAACGACAUCAGCAAACCGGCACGUGAUGGGGCCACGAUACGGCUCAGCUACGAACAGCUGAAGGAUACGUUGCGACGCUUCGAGUACUUCCGCCACUGGACGGAGGAACAGAUCCGUGAGUGCAGCAUCUUGGCGCGUGUUGUACAGUACGCGCCGCAUCAGACGAUACCGCUCGAUCUUCAGCUACCCUUCGCCUAUCUCGUGCUGAGUGGGCAGUGUAUGAUCAUGCAGUGUUUGCAGCUGGUCCAGGACACUGCGCUUCUCGCCGGAGAUAAGUUUCGGCUUGCAGCGACCAGCGAUGGAGUCGCAUCACCUUCACCGGCCAGCCCAAACACGCUAAACCCCGAGACGCAACUCGAGUUGAUACAACAUCUGCACGAAACGCUUAGGUCCGGGAAUCUUACCGAUCCGGGCGAUACGUCACUGCAGUAUGAUCCCGAUAAUGCAAUCUGCUUUCUUAAGACUCCCACACAGGAGGGACCAGUUGUGCAUCGGUUCCUUGACGUCGGUACCCUCGGAUGCGGGGCUGUGUUUGGGUUGGGCGAACGAUACCAUCACCGGACGAUUGUGGCACGAACCAGAACGCAAUGUCUGCUCAUACCACGGUGCUGGUUGUUUCUAAAGCCACAAAACGUUGGCAACACAUGGCAGCGGCUCUGUAUGUAUCUGGACUGGACCGUACCGGGGCGGGACGAGCUGUUUCGCCAGUUCUUACGUGACAAUGCGUGGCUUGAGUACCGUCGAUGGUUAAUAGGCGAAACGGACAAACGACACAGUGAUACGGUAAUGGCGGACGUACCUGUGAUGUGCCGAAUUCUUCAAACUACCACACCCAAUAAGGUGAAGGAGGGGAAAAGGUUUACAAAGAAAAUGAGAUAA